AUGUUCAUGCCAGGACCCCCGCAGCUCUCAGAGGCUGAGGUCAAGGCUGGAGAGAAGGAGGCGGCUCAAACAAUAAAGGCGGUCAUUACCGGCAGCAUUCUGCUCUAUCUCUAUAAUAAGGCUGAUGUUGAGUCUUCUUCCCUCAGCUCCGUUAGCGAUCGAUUUCGUUAA